CUGUUCCGCUGUUCGCAGGAGGCAAAGAGGAUUGUCUGUUUCUCGAUGUCUACGUUCCCGCCAAGGCAUUGAAAGACCCAUCUAUGAAGCUGCCUGUGGCCGUAUACAUCUACGGCGGCGGUUAUCUCUUUGGCAGCAAGGACGCCUUCCAGCCCUCAUUCCCUUAUUAUGACGGAUCGGGUCUCAUCGAAAGCUCCGGUGGCAACACGAUAGUCGUGGCAAUGAACUACAGACUCGGGGGGUUCGGGUUUCUCGCGGGAACCACCAUGGAGAAAGAAGGCCUGCCCAACGCCGGCCUGUGGGACCAAAGGGCUGCUUUUCGGUGGGUGAAGGAUAACAUUCACGCGAUCGGUGGUGACCCCAGCGCCGUCACUGCCAUUGGGCAAGCAAGCGGUGCUGGGUCUCUGAUGCAUCACAUUGUUGCCCAAGGUGGCAAGCUGGAUCCCUUGUUCUCAAAGGCCAUCUUGCUUUCGACCUCUUACCAAUCGAUGUGGGACCGCGACGGUCAAAUCCAGCGGGUUUUUGAAGGGUUCGCUACAAAAGCCGGCUGUCAGGGUCAAGGACUUUCUUGCUUGAGAAAGGCCAGCGUAGCCGACUUGACAAAAGCCAACGACGCUCUGUCGGGCAUGGUGCCGGAGGGAUCUUCGCCUGUUGGACCAUCAGCGGACGGUUCUUACAUUAGACAGCUUCCUGUUCUUGAGCUUUCUUCUGGCAAGUUCUGGAAUCUGGAUUCCAUGAUCGUGUCUCACUGCGCAGACGAGACAUCGCCCUUUGCCGAUGCCAACAUUGUAACCGAUUCACAGUUCACCACGUUCAUCGAGAACCGGUAUCCCCAGUAUGUCAAGGAGCUGGGAAUCACCGACCUCAUCCUCAAGGCUUACCCGGCGGUAGGCUUGGGUGUGCAAGGACCGUACCUCACCGAGGCGCAGCGCUUUGCCGCGUUUUUGCGCGACAGCUCCUUUACAUGCUACGGCAGGUCCAUGACUGAGUAUCUCAGGAAUGGCACCUCGCGCCGCGUCUGGAACAUGCAGUAUUCGGUAUCGCCGGGCACGUACGGUUCGGACCUGUUGACCAUGUUCUACAACCAAAACCUGACCUCCCUAAACACAGUCAUGGGAUCCCUAGUGUCUCUGUUCACGCCCCUCACCGCAGCCGUGUACAGCGGUCUCAGCGUCAACUAUCAGAGCUACAUGACGUCGUACAUCACGACGGGUGAUCCAAACACCAAGCGCGUCCGCAACGCGACCGUGCCGACCAUACAGUGGGAUCAGCCCGACACCAGCAAGGAGCAGGUGACGGGAGUCCUGGACGUCGGGACGCUGUCCUUCAGCACGGUCUCGGACUCGCAGAGCCCCAAAACAUCGUGCGACUUUUGGAAGAACGUGGCGGCUGCGGUGACGAACGGCGGGGGUUACGCUCCGCCGGACACGGUCGUGUCGCAGAACCUCGUCAACAUCACCAACGACCCAAGCUACCGCUUCAAGAGCGGGUCGGGCACGCACGGUGAUACUCCCGGCAACGGUGCCUCUCCAAGUGGUGGCAAGGCGUCCCUGGGGACGGCAUUGGCGGUCCCCAUUGCUGCGUUGAUUUUCAUGGCUGGGCCAAUGAUGUUCUUUUAAAGCGAUACAGUCGAAGCUAUUGAAGAGGCUAGGGACGGGUGAGAGUUACUGAAUAGGGUGUUGAGUGACGGGCGCUGUGGGUGACGACAAACAGGUCGUCAAAAGCUGCAGCGCAUCACAUUGGUUUGAUAACUUUACGUAGUAGAUAAU